AUGUUCCGUCACAGCAUUCGACGCUUUGGGACCACCGCUCUUCGGGCUGCGGCCGCAGAGUCCUACACCACCGGGGUAUCCACGGCGCAGGGUGUAGUCAAUGGACUUACAGAAGCUAUUGGAAACACUCCUCUCAUUCGGUUGAAGCGACUAUCCGAAGAAACUGGCUGCAAUGUCCUUGGCAAGGCCGAAUUCCAAAACCCCGGCGGAAGUGUGAAGGACCGUGCUGCACUGUUCGUGGUUGAAGAUGCUGAGAAGAAGGGACUGCUGCGCCCUGGCGGCACCGUCGUCGAGGGAACAGCUGGCAACACGGGAAUUGGCCUGGCCCAUGUCUGUCGCUCCAAGGGCUACAAGCUGGUCAUCUACAUGCCCAACACCCAGUCGCAGGGCAAGAUCGAUCUGCUCCGCUUGCUCGGUGCGGAGGUCUACCCUGUCCCGGCAGUGGCCUUUGACAAUCCCGAGAACUACAACCAUCAGGCACGCCGCCAUGCCGAGUCGCUGGACAAUGCCGUCUGGACCAACCAGUUCGACAACACCGCCAAUCGCCAAGCUCACAUUGAAACGACUGGUCCGGAGAUCUGGGCUCAGACGGGCGGAAAAGUUGAUGCUUUCACCUGUGCCACUGGUACUGGCGGCACGCUUGCUGGUAUCACUCGCUACCUCAAGACUACCAGUGAUGGCCGGGUCAAGAGUUUCCUGGCUGACCCCCCCGGCAGUGUCCUGCACAGCUACAUUCAGAGCGGUGGAAAGCUGAUCGACCGCUCCGGGGGCAGUAUCACCGAGGGUAUCGGCCAGGGACGUGUGACGGACAACCUGCAGCCCGAUAUCGAUCUUUUGGAUGGCUCGUUGAACAUUUCCGAUGAGAAGACCAUUGAGAUGGUCUAUCGCUGCCUGGAUGAGGAGGGUCUCUAUCUCGGGGCUAGCUCUGCAUUGAACGUGGUCGCUGCCAAGGAAGUGGCCGAGAAGCUCGGCAAGGGCAGCACGGUGGUGACGAUCCUCUGUGAUGGCGCUUACCGCUACGCUGAUCGGUUAUUCUCCAACACUUGGCUUCAGUCGAAGAACCUGCGGUCGGCCAUUCCCAAGCAUCUGGAGAAGUAUAUCGUGUUGCCGUGA